CGGCACUUAUCACUGAUAAGUGAUAGCGUACAAAAUAUCUCUGCGUAUUAUUGAUAUUAACUUUUUCCUUCGCUGUGUGUCAACCGGAUCCGUCCUCCUCGAGCUUGAGCUGAAGAGAGUUUAUCUGAUAACGCCGAAGAAACAUCGAGUGAAGAAAAUUGUACUGGUUAUACAUACUUCAAACUCUUGCACACCAUGCUUAAGAUCCCAGAACAUCAGGUUGCCGGUCACAGUGCGCGUAACGGGUUGCUUGGCCCUCUCAUAGACGAUUCAGGACGUUUCUACAAGCCUCUUCAGGAUGGCGAGCGUGGCGCUAGAGAAGCGGCCUUCUAUACAUCUUUUUCAUCCAAUACAAGGGUUCCGGAUGACAUCCGCAAAUUCUUUCCUAUGUUCUACGGAACUCAGCUUUUGGAGGCGUCUGAUGGAUCCGGUUUGCUUCCCCACAUUAUCUUGCAGGAUUUUGUCUCGCAUCGUGUACAUCCGUCGCUUAUGGACAUCAAGAUUGGUUCCAGAACAUGGUAUCCAGAGGCCUCUGAGGACUAUAUUCAAAAAUGCUUAAAGAAAGAUAGAGAAACCGGCGGUGUGUCAUUGGGUUUUAGGUUAUCUGGCUUGAAGGUAUAUCGCAAUGAAGAAUCAGGCUUUUGGGAACCUUCGAGGAAGAGUGUCAAGAAAUUAAAUGCAGAUGAGGUUAGAUUGGUGCUCAGAAAGUUUGUUUCCUCCAACCAAUCUGAUGAUCCAAAUAUGGUACCAGACUGUUCUUUUGCAUCAAGUGUUUAUGGUGGUUCUGGGGGAAUUUUAUCCCAGUUAUUGGAGUUAAAAGCAUGGUUUGAGGAUCAAACUAGCUACCAUUUCAAUUCUUGUUCUGUUCUCAUGGUGUAUGAGAAGGAAUCCUUGCUAAAAGGACAGAGUUCCGGCGCUGAAGUGAAACUUAUCGACUUUGCUCAUGUUGUUGAAGGCAAUGGAAUUAUUGAUCACAACUUCUUGGGCGGGCUUUGCUCAUUCAUCAAAUUUAUCUCUGAGAUUCUUACCAGUCCAGAUGAGUGUUCAGCCAAACUAAAUGGCUUUUGUAGCGGAGACAGCAAGAAAGAGUAAAAAUAACAUCUGUGGGGUCUUAAAAAUUACAUUGAGGUGUUUGAAUCUGUCUUUGGCAAUUAUUCAUGAUAUUAGUCUCUUUAUGACUAUUUUUUUUGCCUCCUUUUGGGCAAAAUUUAUCUGUGUUUAAUUUUGUAUUUUAGAGUAAGCAGAGAAUAAAACUCAUGGAUUUGAUCCCUAGUGGACUUUAUUCCAUCAAUAUAUUGGUAGUCUUGUUCCCAUUUUGAA